UCGCGAACGGGGCACGCCGCGAUGGCGGAUCGACCGACGCCGCAGCCGGAUAAGAACUGGAACGCGAUCCUCAAGUGGUCGCUCGCGCAGACGGACGAGAACGCGGGCGCGGAGCCCGCGAGGCAGAUCUCGGAGGAGGAGAAAAAAUGGUUCACGGAGGCGGUCGCGUCCGGGGUCGUCGACGAGAUCAAACGAAUGAAGGACAUCACCGCGGUGCUCUCCACGCGCGCGAGGGAAGUCAUAGACGCCGAGGAGCUCGACGCGCGGUGCGAACUCUUGGAGGAGCUCAUCGACAGAGUCGGGAGCAUCGACAACGGCGGAGAUCUGCACACGAUCGGCGGGCUCGCGCCUCUCGUGGAGACGAUGAAGGGAUCGCCGCACGCGAGGCUGCGCGCGGCGAGCGCGGAAGCGCUGGGGGUGACGGUGCAGAACCACGCCAAGGCGCAGGCGGACGCGCUCGCGUGCGGCGCGAUGGCGCCGCUGCUCGCGAUGGCCGCGGGGAAGGACGGCGGCGACGCGCCGUGUUCAGACGCGGACCUGGCGGAGACCGUGGGGGGAGACGAGGAGACCGCGCGAGCGCGCACGCGAGCGUCGUUUCAACUCACGCGCGCGAAAGCGCUGUACGCGCUGUCGUGCCUCCUCCGCGGCUGCGUCGCCGCGCAGAAGGCGUUCGCGCUCGGGGACGGGUUCGCGAUCCUGCGCGCGUGCUUGUUAGUCGACAGCGCGAAGAUCCGCACGAAGGUGCUGCACCUGGCGCGGCAUCUGUGCCAGCUGGACAUGAUCUUCAUGAGAGCGGGCGUGGAGUCCGGGUACGUCCUCGCCGCGGCCGCGGCGUUGAGCGGCAGCCUCCCUCGCGAUUUCGGCGCCGUCGCGGACGUCGCGCUGAGGGAGGACGCGGAGCGAGCGAACGUCGAGCUCGCGCAAGUCCGCGAGGCGGCGUUGCGCUUCAUCGUGGACUGCGCGAAAAAAGUGGACUUUGAAGAGGUGCCCAAGGCGGUGGAUCAUCUCCGCGGGACGCACGUCGAGAACGCGCUGAGGAGCGUCAGAGCCGCGCACGAGGGGAUGAGCGCGGAGGACGCGAGCGCGUGCGCGGACGAGAUCGCCCUGCGCGUGGAGUUGGAGCGGAUGUUGGAGGGGUGA